AUGCACAAUAAGCUUGUUCUCGCCCUGGCUGCCCUCCUGUCUCAACAGGCUCUGGCAGUCCCCACCGCAACCAUCGAGAAGCGCGCCUCCGCUGAUGACAAAGCAUUCGGCUUCGCCUCCCUCAACGGCGGCACCACCGGCGGUGCAGGCGGCACUACAACCACCGUCUCCGACUACGCGGCCUUCACCGAAGCCGUGACCAACGACGAGCCCAAGGUGGUCGUCGUGUCCGGCACGAUCAAGGAAGCUGCCGACCAGGUCAAAGUCGGCAGCAACACGAGCAUUCUCGGCCAGGACGACAGCGCUGUGCUCGACGGAUUCGGUCUGCUCGUCAAGGAGAAGAAGAAUGUUAUCAUUCGGAACUUGGGCGUGCGCAAUGUGCUCGCUGAUAACGGCGAUGGGAUUGGUGUUCAGAUUUCGACCAACGUGUGGAUCGACCACUGCGAUCUGUCGUCCGACAGGGACCACGACAAGGACUACUACGACGGGCUGAUUGACUUCACCCACGCCGCCGACUACGUCACCGUCAGCAACAGCCACAUCCACGACCACUGGAAGGCCUCCCUCGUCGGGCACAGCAACAGCAACGAAGAAGAAGACACCGGCCACCUGCGCAUCACCUACGCCAACAACCACUGGGCGAACAUCAACUCGCGCGCCCCGUCCUUCCGCUUCGGCACGGGCCACGUCUACAACAGCUACUUCGAGGCCGUCAACGACGGCAUCAACACGCGGCUGGGCGCGCAGCUGCUCGUCGAGAGCAACGUCUUCGUCGACACUAAGAAGCCGCUCUAUGAGACCGAUGAGGGCUUCGCUGUUGAGAGGGAUAAUGAUUUUGGGGGUGCUGAGAAUGCGGCGCCUGAGGGGACGCUUACGGAGGUGCCGUAUGAGUAUACCUUGCUUGGGUCGGCUAAGGUUAAGGAGGCGGUUGUUGGUGUUGCGGGGCAGACUCUGAAAUUUUAA